GGGGGGUCUGGGGGAGGGGGGCUGGGGGGAGCCUGGAGUAAUCAGGGCUGAAACUCACUCCAUUGAGUUUCACACCCUUGUGUGCCUAGCGGGAUUCGAACACGAGACCUCUCGCUAGACACGGUAACCUCGCAACCAACUAGGCGGCAAUUUGUUUCUUUAUUAGCCACAUACGGUUUCCCUCCAAAUUGUGUUUACAUGGUCAUAAAAGAGUGUAAACCUCACAAAUCCCUCAAAAAAUUACAUAACUCAUUCUCCUACAAAGUCCAGUACAAAGAGAACAAAAUACAAAAACAUCCAUCAAUGGAAGAAGCUGAGCUCCCCUUCGAUUCAGAACAGCCACCGGACAAUCAACUCGGCCCCCUCUCACCCGCAAGCACAUUUCAGACACACGGUCAGGGAGAAGGAGAAACAUCACAAAAUGGCAGGCCUAAAUUAACUGAAAAUCAAAGAAUGCGCAUAGUAGCGAAGUUUUUACGCAUGUCUAGUGAAGGGAAACUUCAGAGGGGAUGCAUUAGUACCAUAGCUAAGGAGUUCAAAGUCAGGAGAGAAACAAUGUCCAGAUUGUGGAACAAAGCAAAAUCACAGAUGCAAGAAGGUGUAGCCAUAAACGUGCAAAGCAAGAUGAAAGGUAAAGUAGGCAGAAAAAACAUUGCCUUAGACAGUGAGAAGAUGAAA